AAUGUGAAAAAUAAUUAUGGAACACCAUAAUUUGAUAAAAACUGAAAUCAAGGGGCGCCUUUUUGUUUGUUUUCAAGAUUUGGAAAAAUUAUGAUGUGAUUCAAAACCAAAUCAUUUAGACGAAGAAGAAGAAGAGGAGUUGUGCUUCAAUGAGUCAUGGACUGGCCCAGAUUUUCCUCUAGAUCCAGUUCUUUGACUGUUGGGGAGAAAAUCUGCGCCGUCUUCAUACCUUUAAUCGCCAUUAUUGAUAUUCUCUUCUCCACCGUUGGACAGUGCUUUGAUUGCUGCCGUGUCCCCAAUCGAUCGUCUCAGACAUGUCAGCACCUGGAUCUGGCUCAUCUUGCACGUGAAUCUCGAUUUUCGAUCAAUGAAGUUGAAGCUUUGUUUGAGCUCUUCAAGAAAUUGAGCUGUUCAAUUAUUGAUGACGGCUUGAUUCACAAGGAAGAGCUUCGACUGGCCCUGUUCCAAGUUCCAUAUGGUGAGAACAUCUUUCUUGAUAGGGUUUUCGAUUUGUUUGAUGAAAAGAAGAAUGGGGUUAUUGAGUUUGAGGAAUUUAUCCAUGCAUUAAGUGUCUUUCAUCCUUAUGCACCAAUGGAGGAGAAGAUCGACUUUGCAUUUAGGCUCUAUGAUUUGAGACAAACCGGAUUUAUCGAGCGCGAAGAGUUGUUAAAUGUUAAGGUACAACAAAUGGUGGCUGCUAUUUUGAUGGAAUCUGAUUUGAUGCUGUCAGAUGAACUUCUAACCAUGAUUAUCGAUAAAACAUUUGCUGAUGCGGACUCGGAUGGGGAUGGUAAAAUUAGCAAGGAGGAGUGGAAGACUUAUGUGCUUAAGCAUCCAACCUUGUUAAAGAAUAUGACUCUUCCUUACUUAAAGGAUGUGACAACAGCAUUCCCAAGUUUUAUAUUCAAUACUGAGGUUGAAGACUGAUGCAGAAGCAUGUCCAUAAAACAACCGGUAAUUUUUUUUUCUGCUUGGCUUACAUAUUUUUCUAUAUGUUGUAUAUAUAUGUAAACCAAGCAGAAAAUAAAUUUUGAUUUACAUAUAAGAACGGAUAUCUUUAUUGUAUUUUACCCAAAUUGGUUGGUGAUUAUUAAAUGUGAGAAAUGUUGUGAGGUUC